GGGGGUCUGUGAGGACGUGUUCUGGGAAGCCAGAUCUGCAGCCGGCGGGCCUGGCGCCAUGGAGCCACUGUACCAACAAACGCACAAGCAGGUCCACGAGAUCCAGUCUCACAUGGGACGCCUGGAGACGGCCGACAAGCAGUCUCUGCACUUAGUAGAAAAUGAAAUCCAAGCAAGAAUAGACCAGAUAUUCAGCCACCUAGACCGUCUGGAGAUUUUAUCCAACAAGGAACCCCCUAACAAAAGGCAGAAUGCCAAACUUCGGGUUGACCAGUUAAAGUAUGAUGUCCAGCACCUGCAGACUGCUCUCAGAAACUUCCAGCACCAGCGCUACGCGAGGGAGGAGCAGGAGAGGCAGCGAGAGGAGCUGCUGUCUCAAACCUUCACCACCAACGACUCUGACACCACCAUCCCGAUGGACGAGUCCCUGCAGUUUAACUCCUCCCUCCAAAAAGCCCACCGUGGCAUGGAUGACCUCAUUGGAGGCGGCCACAGUAUUCUGGAAGGACUGAGGGCCCAGAGACUGACCUUGAAGGGGACUCAGAAGAAGAUCCUCGACAUCGCCAACAUGCUGGGCUUGUCCAACACAGUGAUGCGGCUCAUCGAGAAGCGAGCAUUCCAGGACAAGUACUUCAUGAUAGGAGGCAUGCUGCUCACCUGCGUGGUCAUGUUCCUCGUGGUGCAGUACCUGACAUGA